AUAACCCAGUGAUCUACAUUGAGUCGUUGGUGUGAGUAGAAAAAGAGAGGAGCGAGUUCUCUUUUAGUAAAACCGGUGAAUUGAUACACGGCGCUCACAGGAGGUAUUUUUGAUAAAAACGAUGUUUUAGAAAGUAAUAUGUAACGAUAGUUUUGAAAAAGUCAAUUAUUUUAUUUAAAAAUAUGUAAAAAUCUGCUUUUUUGGAGAGAAUUAUUGUAAAUUUAGAAUAUUUUAAGAACAAAUGAAUUAGAUAUGUAUUUUGUGAUCUCUACAAGGCAAAGAGCUUUAAGAUUUAAAUUUGGUUGAAACUACAAAAAAAAAAAAAAAAAAAAAAACAGAAAAAUGAUUUCUUUCAAAACAUUUCGACUUUGUUUAUUAACGACUUUUUUGUUUUUUGGAAACUGUUUUUGUGAAGAUGAGGGAAAUAACUUAAAAACGGAAGUGAUUUCUAAUAAAGCGAAUGAACCUCAUCUUCAGCCACUUCGUGAUGUUUCUACUGUGCCAUCUACACAACGAACUGUCCAUGAAGUGAAAAGAUUUCCAGUAGCUAUUUUUGAUUUCGAUCAUGUAGCAGGUCCAUUUAUCAUUACUGCAUGGAUUUUCGUUGCUUGCUGUGCCAAAAUCGGUUUCAACGUCACUCCAAAACUAGCCAAUUAUUGCCCAGAAAGUUGUGUUCUGUUAAUAGUUGGUGUAGUUUUAGGUUUGGUGCUCUUCUUCAGUGGAAUGACAGUUGGUCCGCUCACCCCUACAGUAUUUUUCCUUUUUAUGCUGCCACCGAUUGUAUUUGAUGCAGGAUAUUUCAUGCCAAAUCGUCUCUUUUUUGACAACAUCAUUUCAAUUCUUACAUAUGCAGUCAUUGGAACAGUUUGGAAUGCUCUAAGUAUCGGAGUCUCUUUGUGGGCGAUUGGACUCACGGGAAUAUUUUAUUACGAAGUGCCACUAUUGGAUAUGUUGUUAUUUAGUUCAAUCGUCUCUGCCGUAGAUCCUGUUGCUGUAUUGGCUGUUUUUGAAGAAAUACACGUCAACGAAGUUCUGUACAUAAUUGUCUUCGGGGAAUCUUUGCUCAACGACGCAGUCACUGUCGUUCUGUAUCAUAUGUUCGAAGGUUACACGGAGAUGGGCUUAGCUAACAUUUUAGCAAUAGACUAUUUUUCUGGAAUUGCAUCCUUCUUUGUUGUUUCCUGCGGUGGAACAUUAAUUGGAAUAGCGUUUGGAUUUUUGACUGCGUUUCUCUCAAAACACACAACUUCCGUUCCAGUUAUUGAACCCAUGUUUCCAUUCAUAAUGGGCUAUAUGGCGUAUCUUUUUGCAGAAAUCUUUCAUCUAUCAGGAAUUCUAUCAUUGGUUUUCUGUGGUAUUACCAUGAAGAAUUAUGUUGAUGAAAACAUUUCGAAUAAAAGUCAUGUGACAGUGAAAUAUGUUACAAAAAUGUUAGCUACAGCAUCCGAAACAAUAAUUUUUGUUGUUUUAGGAGUUUCAACUGUUAAUGACAAUCAUGAAUGGAACACGUGGUUUGUCUUAUUCAGCAUACUUUUUUGCAGCGUAUAUCGAGCUAUAGGUGUGAUUGUUUUAACGGCCAUACUGAACAAUUUUCGUCUUCAUCAAUUGAAUGGAGUCGAGCAAUUCAUCAUGUCUUAUGGAGGAUUAAGAGGUGCAGUUGCUUUUGCUUUAGCUCUCAUUAUUGAUAAAGACGUAAUUCCAAGUAAAAAUAUGAUGGUUACAACAAUCAUUGCAGUCGUGUAUUUUACAGUAUUUGUUCAGGGAAUGACAAUUCGAUUUUUUGUGAGAAUUUUAAAGGUAACACAAAAGAGCGAAAAAGAAAUUUCAAUGAAUGAACGACUUCAUGGUACAGUUAUGGAUCACGUGAUGGGAGGAAUUGAAGAAGUUGCUGAUCAGUUUCUUGGAAAUAACAAAAUAAGAGACAGGUUUAAAUACUUCAAUAACAAAUACUUGAGACCUUACCUAACUAACCACUCCAAUGUGAACGAGCCCAAAAUAUUCCAAACUCAUUCCAGAUUGAAUUUAAUGGAUGCCAUGAACAUUGUAAACAAUGGAUCGAAACCGAAUUUCCAGCCUGAAUUAUCUUUAUCUGGUGUCUUGAGAAAUUACACCCAAACUAAUUUGGCCAAACUUGCUACUCCAGAGGAACCCAAUGGACUGAUUAGUGAUCCUCCACUCUUAAAUAUUGAUGUGGCUGAAUUGACUUACAAUCCAAGUUUUAAGGAUCUCAAAGAUUCAGAAAUUCAUCACAUUCUGGAAGAUGCCAUGUUUAAACCUCCGAAGAGGGUUCGACGUUAUAGUCAUUCACAGUUUGAUGAAGCUUCGCCCAAGCAUCCUCCGUUUCAUCAUCAUAUGCGAUUGCAGAUUCGACGUCUUAUUAGUGAAAAAUCUCGCAAGAAAAAGAAAGCUUUAAAUAGUCUUCCAACCAAUCAUAAUAAAGUACUACCUAUCAGUACAGUGUAUCUAAGUCCAGGUCCAAAUCGUCCUCAAGUCACUGUUACAACUCCUUCAGAAGAAGAUGAUGGAGUGAUUUCUUUCAUAGCAAAAUCUACUUCACCAACAGAGACUGAACCUGAACCCCAGCGUACCCUGACUGAAACAAUUUUACCUUGGAGACGUGUGGAUGAGGACCACUUCGAUUAUCCUGCAAAGCCACAAGAAGAAUUUCCAUCUUGGGUUGAUAAUCGAGAAUACUAUCCAGGCUAUAUGUCGCCCACUCCUGAUUUUCUAGAAAGAAUUAGUGAUAAACCAUAUCCAAGCGUGCCAGAAACUCAUGAUGUCAUUUAUGAUUCCAUCGAAGAAGAAAAUGACGAAUGCUUUGAACCUGAAAAGGCCGAAGCCAGUACUUCCAAAAUUGAUAAUAGUGAGAUCACAGUCAAAGAAGAAAUACCAAAAGAAAUCCCAAGAUUUCAUCCUGAAACUCAUCGAAGCAUUCCACCGGAUAACGAAGAAAUUCCAAAAGAAAUUCCAAGAUUUAAUCCUGAAACUCAUCGAAGCAUUCCACAGGAUAGAAGACGACGGUAUUUUCGGGAACACGUUCGGCGGCGAACCCUGACAUCCCCGGAUCAAUUUUCUUUCCAUAGUGAUCAAUCAGGAGAAUCCCGACCACAAUCAGGAGACUCCAUCAAUAUUGAAUGUCCUGAUGUUGUCCUGGAUAUGGAUAUUGAGACUGAAAACGCAACUACGAAACUGUGAUCUCUUAAAUAACUAAACAUUGUUUAAGAAAACAUAUCAUUCGUGAGUAACUUAAACACUUUUAAAAAUGGCAUCUUUAUUCAUAAAAUUAUUGUUGAUGUGAAUCGAUAUUGUGAUAGUUAGUUUUUUUAUUAUACUCCCCAAUUCAUGAGCGAAGCGAUAUGUUUCGAUAGUGAAAAGUGCGCAUGAAUAGCGUCACUACAUAAAACGACACUAUUUUUGCGCAGUUUUCACUGAUGAACUCUGCACUUGAGUUUUGCCGUAAGUUAAUUCACACAUUCAUAAAUCAAUUCUCCUAAAGAAGCAAUGAGUUUACCAACUAUAAAUAAGGAGAGUGAUUCAGCGCAACAGUACAAAGUUAGAGGAAACUUAUGUUUCCUCUAACUUUGUAAUAAGGCACAUCAAAAUCAUUGGGCAUUGCAUAGAAACUUAUGACCGAAAAUGUUAUCGUAGUUGUUAGAGAAUUUCCCCUGAUACUGAUGCAUGUUCAUGCGCAUUUGAUCGGACAGUUUCAUUUAUAAAAGUUAUCUUAGUUUCGUUUCCUCUAUUAAUUUGGUCGAAAAUGGCAUUCAAAUAGGUCCAAAUUUAGCUGUUUUAUGGUAGUCCAAUGAUUUGGCGAUUAUUUUGCAGAACUCGCCAAGUUGGUUGCUAAAUCAGUAAAUUGCGGUAAAAUUGCUAUUACAGAGAGUAUUUAAAUACAAUUUUUAACAAUAGUUGUUAGAGAACACAAAAUUAAGCCAUUUUUGUUAAAUGAAAGUUCUGGUUCUAAUGCGUAUGAGCAGCAAGUCCAUAAUAGCAAGGCGCCCCUAGCGGCGAUGACAAUUCCGACCAUGGGUUGCUAAGCAGUUCUUUACCUACAUGAUGCGCCUGCCCUACUUUUUCUUCAAGUCUGUUACCGCUGUGAUGAAUAUGGAGGACGUCAAAUUUGUAAAAUAUUUGAUUAUGUAGUUGACGUCAUUCUGAUGUGUUUUUUCACUUGCGAAACUUAUCGUCUGAUACGUAGAAUUGAUUAUUAGAAUCGCAUCGAGAAAUGAAGUAAGAACUUGGUGCUAUGCAGUUUUAUUCUGGAACUACUAUUCCUAGGAAAAGUAAUUCCUUAAAAAGUAUUCAAAAUAUUCCUUCAGAAUGAGGAAUUUGUUAAAAAAUGUACAGAUGUCUAUUCAAAACAACAUAAUUUAAAUAAUUCCAUUUAAGUAGGACUCACUUGUUCGUAUUAAUCACUAACUAACAGUCUUCCAAUUUUGAUUGCUCUUAGUUAGAGCAACAAUUGAAAAAGAUAAAUAAAGUCAGUAUUCUAGUUAUCCUUUAGAAAGAAUUAUAGAUAUGAUAUUUCUAGUAGUACUAUUUUCUGGAACGACAGAUAGCUAACUAGAAAAGCAAUUGUAUUAUACCCUGAAAAAAAAUCAUCACUUACCUGCCUCAGUAACGAUAAAACGAUACAAUGAGCUUCAAGUUUAAUGUACGUCCUUAAAAUCUAUAACCAUAGUUCCAAAAUAAUAUAAAUUUAAUACAAAAAAACAUUGUUAUACAAAGUCGGUUUAACCUAAGACCCGAGCUUUAAAUAAUUGUUUAAAAAACUGCAAUUUUCACUCCGAAAUAUAUAGCUUAGAAGAAAGUAAACCUAAAAGUCAAUAAAAUACUUCUUAAGAAAGUCAAUUAAUUAAAUUUAAUUAGCUUUUUCAGUUUUUUAAUUAUUACAUAAAACAUUAUGCAUUUUAAUUUUUUGCGUAUGGUAGUGUAUUUUAUUGAGUAUUUCUUCCUUUUUUGGACAUAAAACAAAAGCCCCUAGAUUCAGAUAAUAAGAACAAAUCUGUUUAAGCGGUUAAUUGAAUCAAAUUUUCUUCGCCAUAAUUUUUCACUGUACAAAAAAUUCCAACCAACAAGAUAAAUCCACUUAUAUUUUUAUAUAGACAAUAGUUUUGUAAAGGCAGACAAACAGAAGAAAAACUCUUAAAAUAUUUUACACUUCAAGUGAUAAAUCUGUACCAAAUGUUGUGCAAUAUAUUGGACACUGGAUCUCUAGAGGCUUAAGUCACGCACGUCGAAGUUGAACAGCCUAUAAAAGCACCAGUUUGAAAGCUGAAAAGAAAGUUAAGUAUCACAGAGAUCAAAUGAAUUGUUGACAUUUAGUUUUAGCUGUGAAACUUUAGACGUUACUAUAAGUGUUUAAAAUGCCAUUUUUCCUGUUCAAAUUGGAAAUGCCACUCUCCAUUGUUGUUUUUCUUGCGUAUUUUUGUCCAUGGAGGCAGAAUUUUUGUUUAAAUCUCUUUUUGUUAUUUAAUAUCCAAAAUGGCUCUUUUCUUGUCAGCUUCUGAUCUAAAUGACCAGUAUCGAACUAAUCCUUUCAUCUUUUAGUCAUUGGGUACUUCUGUAUCAGGAUGAUUUCUUGCGAAACUCCUCAAUGAAAUGAAAAUAUGACUUUCGAACAAAAAUUACAUUCCGAAAUUUCGGUACUGAAAUAAUGGGACCGAAAUGCCAUAAGCCGGAUUGAAAUUCAUUCCAACCAAACUGCAUUAUUUAUGCACUGAAUAUAAAAUGAAUGUAAUGAAGUGAAUAUAAAGUUAGAUAAGAGAGAUAAAAUCAUUCUUCUUAGAGUUGUGCUUAUCUGAACGCAUGUUCCUUAUCUCGUUCUUGCAUUCACUUUGAAUGCUCUUAUGUGAAAUAAUUUAUCAGUCAUAUGCAGUCAGUGGUAUAAUCCACUUACCUCCCUUUGAAACCUUGAAUAGUGGCGCUUCUGUCGCCCCAGUAAUUUUCACAUGUCUCCAUUUUUCAUUUAAGCAACCUUUAUAUUGUUGAAAAAUACGUCUUGACCAUUACCAUAUUUGUAUAAAGAAUUUAGACUACAAAAAUUCGAUUAGCUUUAUAUUUUCGAUAUGUACACUUUUUCAAGAGAUAUCAUCGAAAUUUAAAAUAUUUCCUUGGCAUCAGAACUAGAAUGCCUGAAUUUGAAAAACAUCGUAACAAUCUAAACGAUUUUGACCAAAAUCGUCGCGAGAUGUUUUGUUCCAAAAUCGCCUCUCCCAAAUUUUCUUAAGUAAGGCACUCUUUGGAAAAUUUCUAUAUGAAUUCUAGAUACUGUGAAAAAAAAGUUAAGUCUGCUGUCUCAAUUUAGUUAAGAAAUAUUUACUAAAAAUAAAUCGAGCUAGACAUAACUGGUUUGAAAAUCAGUUUGAAUACUAUUGUCAAAAUUAUGAGACACUAAAAUUUAAAUUUAUUUAUUUUUUCAAAAUUAUGCACGAAAUUAAGAAAUUUUCCUUGGGUACUGCUGUUGCUUUAUAAUUUAAUAUCCUGUAAGUUAUAUACUGGGUAUCGAAGCACCAUGAAUAUUGCACUUAACAUACACCCCUUUUGAUAUAUUUAUCAUGCACCCAAUAUGUUGUAUUUAACAUGCACCCUAAAUGUCCUAUUUAACAUACAUCCCGUAUAUUAUUAUUAUCAUUCACACUGCAUGUUAAACAUGACAUACAAGCUGGUCUGUGAUCACCACCCUUAAAAUACAUUUUUAAGA